AUGACAAAUAAAACCAAGAUCCUCAAUUAUAUGAGACCAGCCAUGGCCAUCAUCCCAGAUGUGGCUGAGCCUGAAAGAAGAAUCUUAUUUAAAUACAGAGCAUUAUGGACAGCCAUUGCAACUUUGCUAUAUCUGAUUUGCUCCCAAAUUCCACUCUAUGGUAUAUACAAAUCUUCUGCUGGUGAUCCAUUCUAUUGGAUGAGAGUCAUAUUAGCAUCUAAUAGAGGUACUUUGAUGGAAUUAGGUAUCUCACCUAUGGUCACUGCCUCAAUGAUUAUGUAACUCUUGGCAGGUGCCAAAUUGAUUGAUGUUGAUUAAAACGUAAAGGAAGACAAAUAACUGUAUUCAGGAGCACAAAAAUUGUUGGGAAUCCUCAUUGCUUUUGGAGAAGCCUUUGCUUAUGUUUGGUCAGGAAUGUAUGGAGAUUUAGACAAAUUGGGAGCAGGAAAUGCUAUCCUCAUCAUAAUCCAAUUAGUCUUCUCAGCAAUCGUAAUGAUCAUGAUCGAUGAAUUACUCUCUAAAGGAUAUGGAAUUGGAAAUUCAGGAACUUCCUUGUUCAUUGCUAUUAAUAUCUGUGAAAACAUCAUGUGGAAAGCAUUCUCCCCCAUCACUCAUAAAACCCAACUUGGACUUGAAUAUGAAGGAGCUGUCAUUGCCCUAUUGCAUGGACUCUUUAUUCAAAGCGACAAAAUUGGUGCCAUCCAAUCAGCCAUUUUAAGAGACUCUUUACCUAAUCUUACUAAUUUAUUGGCUACAGUCCUUGUAUUUUUGAUCGUCAUUUACUUCCAAGGAUUCAAAGUUGAUAUUCCCAUCAAAAAUAAUAAAGUCAGAGGAGGAUUAACUUCAUACCCCAUUAAGUUGUUUUAUACUUCAAAUAUCCCAAUCAUUUUGUAGACUGCACUUGUAUCAAAUCUUUAUUUCCUUUCUUAAAUCCUAUAUAGAAACUUCAAAGGAAACUUCUUAAUUCGUUUAUUAGGAUAUUGGUAAGAAUUAGAAAAUGGACAAACAGUCCCAGUUGGUGGUUUAGUCUACUAUGUAUCACCACCAAGAUCUAUUUCAGAAGCUAUUUUUGAUCCAAUUCAUACUAUUUUAUAUACUGCUUUCAUUCUUGGAACUUGUGCAGUCUUCUCCAAAACUUGGAUUGACGUCUCUGGAUCAUCACCAAAAGAUGUUGCUAAAUAAUUGAAAGAAUAAGACAUGUAGAUUGUUGGAUAUAGAGACUCAUCAAUGAAGGAAGUCUUAAAGAGAUACAUUCCAAUUGCUGCUUCUUUUGGUGGCAUGUGCAUUGGAGCUCUUACUAUCAUGGCUGAUUUUCUUGGGGCUAUUGGAUCAGGAACUGGUAUUUUGCUCUCGGUCACUAUCAUUUAUGGCUAUUUUGAAACGUUGAAAAAGGAAAAAGAAUAAGGUACAUUAGAGUUGUUUUGAUAUUAUAAAUUAUUGUUUUAAGUGCACCGCAAUUUAUAUACAAAACAUCAUAAA